GUAGUGUUCAGCAUUUGAUUCAUGUAUUUGAUACAUAGACGAAUAGCAGCUAUUUUUGACUGCACGAGGACGUUUUUUUAAUUUAUUUAAGAAAGAUUCCUCAGUGUCAAUUCAACUUUUAUAGCACUUCGGGGGAAUAAAAUGGAGGGUCCCCUGCCCCUGUCCUCGCUGAGGCUCCUGGUUCCACCUCUGCGGGUGAUGACGGCUGUGAUGUGGAAGGUGGUUCGUCUGAGGAACGUCAUGCAUUAUGGGAAUGUGGAGGAGUUUGUGUCCUUGGUAACUGAAGCCAUCCCUGACAUCUUGACGGACAGACAGAUGACACUGCUCACUCUGGGCUUAAGAGCAAGGAUGACAUUACAGAUGUUAAGUUCUGACCAGUCAGAGGAUCUCAGAGGUGUUAAAACACGCUUGAACAGCCUCCUGGCAUCUAGCUCAAAACAGGUGCAUCCGGGUAAUGAAGAUCUUGAAGCCAACUUUGUCAGGCUUGUUCAAAGACUCCUGGAGGACCCAAAAGGGAGAGAGCACUUCCUCAAGAAUGUGUUUCCUGUGGAGUAUGGGCCUGACUUUGAUACGGCUCUGGAGACACUGAUUUGUGAGUUAUUUACCAAACUGGAAGAGUUGCUGCUUAUACCAGACUUUAAGCAGACCGCAGUGUGGAUCAGUGAUACGCCCUCUGUGCUAGAAGAGUACAUGCAGUGUGUAUCCAAAGCAGAUGACCUCAAAGUACUGCUCAGAAGCAAGGCCCACUGUGGUAAAACGACCAAGAUGGAUACCUGUUUGCCCUCUAUCUCAGAGCAGCGGCUCUUCUCAUCAUUAUCUCUCCCUCCUUCACUGCGAGAGGCCAACACCAAAGAUGUAGACUCUCACACACAAACAUUUCAAAACCAAAGAGAAUCUGAGGGGAUUUCUCCUCAGGACGCAGAAGACAUGGCGAUACAGGAUGUGAGAUGGAAAUCUGAGGAGGAAACAAACAUUCUGGACAGCAGCAAUGCACAACAAACAACAGGAGGGAAAUGCAGCGACAGCAUUCCUGAUGUUGUGGAGGAGUAUGAUGACGGAGGUUCAGGCACCUGCUGGGUUCCCUCUACAUCUACUGAGAGUCCUGUAUUGUCCAGCUCUAAGAUUGGCCCUCCAAAGCAGAGAGUUGCACACAAAUGCUCUCAGUGUGGAAAGUGCUUCAUUUACCGCUAUAAACUCCUGGAGCAUCAGAGGCUUCACACCGGAGAAAACCCUUUCAAGUGCUCUCAAUGCGGAAAGGCUUUUAGAAGGACCUCUGACAUGUCAACUCACAGGCGGUUACAGUGCGCAAAAGCAGCUUAUAUUUGCAUCAAAUGUGGGAAUAGCUUCCAAUCAAUACAGGACAAAUUAGGACACCGGUGUGGUCAUAGUGUCCAGAAGUUUGACUGUUCUCAGUGCGGAAAAAGCUUUAAGAAAAUGCACUUGCUGAGUAGGCAUGAGCUGACUCACACCCAGAACCGUAACUUCACGUGCAGACAGUGUGGGAAAGUGUACUCCAGUAUGAGAGAGCUGAAAUCCCACCAGAAGAUUCAUCCUCCGGAGCUGUCCAAUCAGUGCAUGCAGUGUGGGAAGUUUUUCAGCUCUGUUGCUGGUUUGACAGCCCAUGAGCUGCGCCACAGGCAACAGAGAACACAGAUCUGCGUGCGUUGUGACAAAGCUUUUAAGAACAAACAUGACCUAAAUCUGCACAUGCGCAGUCACACAGGCGAGAGGCCAUUUCAGUGCACAUACUGUGGGAAAUGUUUCUCUGUGUCAGGAAACCUGAACGUACACAUAAGGACCCACACUGGAGAGAAACCGUAUUUGUGCUCUGACUGCGGCAAGGGUUUUGUUUCAGCCGGCGAGCUGCAGAUACAUAGACGCACUCACACGGGGGAAAAACCUUACAAGUGCACUGUAUGUGAGAAGGGAUUCACCAUGGCAAGCAAAUUGACAAUUCAUAUGCGUGUUCACACCGGAGAGCGCCCUUACAUCUGUCCUGAAUGUGGGAAAGGUUUUUCACGUGGUGGCGAAAUGAAAAAACAUACCAUGAAACAUACGGGGGUGCGACCCUACGCUUGUCAUUUGUGUGCAAAGACUUACACAUGCCACAAUCACCUGAGGAGACACUUGAAAACUCACAGUGUAGUGAAAAACCAGGCUGUCUAAUUCCAUUGAUUACCAUUGUCAUUUUAUCAAACUGAUGUAGCGAUGCAACUAGCCUGUACUGAUUGCGGUGUUGACAGCAUGCACUUUGUAAUACACUCACCCUCUCUUGUAA